AGCAGAUGUUAUGGAGGGGAAAAGCGCCAUUCUGCUGGGCAUGAGUCAGUGGAACUCAAAUGACCUGGUGGAGCAGAUCGAAACUAUGGGACACAUGGAGGACCAGUCGCAUGAGGGUCUCUACCAGCUGGGAGGUCCUCGCUGUGCCCCUCAGAGCAGCAUUGAUGGAUUGGAGGAUAUAGAGAGAAAAUGCAAGACGCAUGUGCUGCUGCUAGUGGUGCAUGGGGGGAACAUUUUGGAUACAGCAGGUGGAGACCCGAGCACAAAGUCUGGAGAUGUGGACACCCUGACCUCCGUGCUGGAGAAGGUAACACGGGGACAUUUCCAGGCUGCUGCAGAACACGUGAAGAUAAAGCUGGUGCCAUGUCCCGCUGUCUGCGCCGAGGCCUUCUCCCUGGUGUCCAAUCUCAACCCGUACAGCUAUGAUGAGAGCUGUGUGUCCAGCAGCGUGGACCACCUGCCUCUGGCUGCUCUCCCCCUCCUCGCUAUCGUCUCACCUCGCUACCAGGAUGCCGUGGCAACCGUGAUCGCCAGAGCCAACCAGGUCUACCGCAGUUUCUUGCAGUCAGAGGACGGCCAGGGAUUCACGGGUCAGGUAUGCCUAAUGGGUGACUGUGUGGGAGGUGUGCUGUGCUUCGAUGCUUUGUGCUUUAGCAACCACCAGAGACCUGGAAGCCCCAACAACAGCAGCAAGAACAACAGCACUGAGAGCCUGAAGGAUAAUUCGGGUCUACUGGGAGAGUCUAGCCUGGGUCUGAGUUCUAGCAAGAGGCUCAGUAAGAGCAACAUCGAUAUCUCCGCCCCAAACGAAGGGCACAGCCAGAGCGGGCCGCCACUCAGCCGCAAGCAGAGCGACUCGUAUGACGGAGACACCUCGUCCACAGGCCAGCACAGCUUUUUCUCCAGCCUGAUGAAGGACAGUGUGGAGGUGUGUGGUGGCAGCGGCAGCAGUCUGGUGUUGAAUCCGGGUCGAUUCGACUUUGAGGUGGCAGACUGUUUCCUGCUGGGCUGCCCUUUGGGCCUGGUGCUGGCCAUGAGACGCACCGUGCUGCCUACCGUCCAGGUGAGCCAGCUGCAUCCAGCCUGCUCUCAGAUUUUCAACCUGUUUUACCCUUCGGACCCCUCAGCCUCCAGACUAGAACCGCUGCUGCAGCCUCUCUUCCACAAGCUGCCCCCCUUUGCUGUGCCGCGCUACCAGCGCUACCCUCUAGGAGACGGCCGCUCAAUGCUCAUAGCGGAGAGUAUCCAAAGCAAUCCAAGUGUGUUUUUGGAAGGUGGAAAAACUCCUGGAGGUCCAGUUUCACAGACGUCCUCUGAGACAAAGCCUGAAGGAGGAGUAGAAGAGGGAGGUCGUAGAGCUAGCGUGACCAGUGUGGAAAGUGAAAUGUCGAUUUGCUUCAUGGGCCAGCUGGGAAACACCAUCACUAACAUUUCCAGUAGCUGGUGGGGCUCCAAGAGACUGGAUUAUGCUCUGUACUGCCCGGAUGUGCUGACUGCCUUCCCAACGGUGGCUCUGCCUCACCUUUUUCAUGCCUCCUACUGGGAGUCCACUGACGUAGCAGCCUUUGUUCUUCGGCAGCUCAUGCGAUGUGACUCCUUGAAGACCCAGGAAGCGGACAGUUUGGGCUCCACUUCAUUCUCUCCCUCCAGCCCACGAGAAAAAUGGCUCAGAAGGAGGACACAUGUCAAACUAAGGAACGUCACUGCCAACCACAGGGUGAAUGACGUCAUUGCGACCGAGGAUGGGCCCCAAACGCUGGUUGGCCGCUUCAUGUACGGCCCCUUGGACAUGGUCACUCUGACCGGAGAAAAGGUGGACAUCCUGCUAAUGACACAACCUCAGUCUAGUCGCUGGGUGCACUUUGACACGGACGUCACCAACAGCAGCGGCAGAAUCACAUAUACCGUACCCAAGAGCAAGAAGCUGGGCCUAGGAGUGUAUCCAAUAAAAAUGGUUGUCAAGGGCGAUCAAACGAGUGCAGAAGCCUACCUGACUGUGUUGCCACGGGGCAUGGAGUGUGUGGUCUUUAGCAUCGAUGGCUCUUUUGCUGCUAGUGUGUCAAUCAUGGGCAGUGACCCCAAGGUCCGCCCCGGAGCUGUGGAUGUCGUCAGGCAUUGGCAGGACCUGGGAUAUCUGAUCAUCUACAUCACAGGCCGUCCUGAUAUGCAGAAGCAGCGUGUGGUAUCUUGGCUCUCUCAGCACAAUUUUCCCCAUGGCAUGAUCUUCUUUUCUGAAGGCCUGGUUCAUGAUCCCCUGCGGCAAAAGACCAUCUUCCUCAAGAACCUCGUACAGGAGUGUCACAUUAAGAUCAACUCUGCUUACGGCUCCAUGAAGGACAUCACUGUUUACAACAUGCUUGGCCUCGUUCCCUCACAAAUUUAUAUUGUUGGCAGACCUUCAAAGAAGUACCAAAAUCAGUGCCAGUUCCUGAGCGAGGGCUAUGCAGCGCACCUGUCCACGCUUCAGUUUGGGCACAGAGCCAGACCCAAGAAAUCCCCUUCAGUUCGAAUGGUCCUGAGGAAGGGCUCAUUUGGUCUCUCAGCGAAGCCUGACUUCCUGUGUAAGCGCACCCACCUGCGGAGGACCAUGUCGGUGCAACAGCCAGACCCCCCCUGCACCCCCAACCCCAAGCCUGAGCGUGCUCAGAGCCAGCCGGAGUCAGAUAAGGACCACGGGGGAGGAGGGGGAGGUGGAGGAGGACUUGGCCCAUGGGGACGGCCCUCCAUACAUCGUGGAGACACGACUCCCUGACGUCAAAAAAGAGAGGGUAGACAAGGAGGAGAGCAAAGAGGUCAUAGUUUCCUGGGCCAAGCUCAGCUCACGCUUGGCCCUCUACACUCGGUGGAUUGUCACUCAAUGUUUGUGCGUGAGCAGUUGCCAGGGGACAGCAAGGAUGUUUUGCAAAUGUCUGUGUGGAGCUCAAAAUGUGUCUCAUUGUCAAAUCAAAAUAAUGUACCUCGUAUUCAUUCACACACACACAAGCUUCAGAGGAUGAAAUCUGUGAAGACGGUGAUGACUCUGAACCUGUUGAGACUUUGCAACAGAUUAUGGGAUUGCUGUGCCGACAGGACUUCAUGAUGACUGGCUCCGGUCCUGCACUGAUGUAAAUACUCGACACCUGUUCUCCCUGUGUGGGCCUCUGGACACUGACAUUUAGGUUCAAGCUGCACACCAGCUCUGCGAUUUGGAGCCCUAAAGAUCUGACCUCUGCCUCUAUUUCACUCCCACUGUUAGAUUUCUCCCUCGCGUUGGGGCCGGCUUACUACCCCCUACCGUCCCCUUGACCAGUCUGGCAGAACAGGCAUUUCAACACCCACCUCUGAUCGGGUCUUCAGCCGCUGAGGUCACAUUUGCACUAUUGAAGUGGUUUCUCAAUUUAGCUGUGGUAAUUGCUUCAAAACAAAGAGUUGUAUUUGUAUUUUAUCGUAUUUGUUUUACCUGCAAAUUGUGCACUGUUGGUUAAUAUAACUAAUAGAACAUUUAACUCAGAUAGUUUGUAGGACAGUGUUGGUUUGACCAAAACAUGUUUACAGAUUGAUGGAUGUAAAAAGUGAUCAGAACUUGUUAAUAGCAGUGUAAUAUCAUUAUUAACAACAGUAGUUUAGCUGGUUUGUAAUUGCAAUAGCUUGUGGGACAUUGUACAAUUCGGCCCAUGCCAGUCGAAGUUCAACAAGGAUGGCUCUGCAUCCAUUUACUGCAUCUGCAGUGGAACCAAUAUAUUUGUGAUGAUAUCUGAUGCUUUCUAGUGGGGGUUGAAAUGAGUCUUACUGUGGUCCUGUUAAAAACUCUGUGCAAUUCAAACAUAUUUUUCUAUGAGGAAAUAUUGUAAAUAGAAAUAUUUUCAAUGUAUGUUUUUGAACUUUUUUUUUACUUUACUCUUGAUUUUUUGCCUUAAAUUGUAUUUGAUGUUGUGUAGAGAUUUAAAAUGAUUUAAUGUCUUUGACCAAAGCAUUACAUUUCACUGUUACGUCAUGACAAAGUGCAUUACAUUGAGUUGAUUAUUUACUUCGACAUGUUUUAGACAAGGUCAACAGUACUGUAUGUGUGUGUACGAGUGUCUAGGUAAUUGUUGUAGAGUUGUAUUUACUGUGAACAUAAAGACAGCUACUAUGACACAUACAGCACACGUCUCUGCAGAACCAGAGGACAUAAAGAGGCCAGUGUUAACAUUCCUUUUGUGUUCUUUUCAGGACUGAGCGGGUUUUAUAGAUUUGGUGUGAGAGGAUUACUUAGUCAAGGUUGUUAUACCUGCUAUGAAAGGGGAAAAGGCUUAUGAGUUUUUCAGGUGUAUUUAACUGCAAACCUGCACAGCGAAGUGGAACGUGCCAGCCAGCAGAGAGCUGUCUUGCCUUUUUAUUUCACCGCCUGUACACCAUAGGUGGUCCGGUAAUUAGCUGUUUGAUUACUAAUAGGUAUGUCUAUCUUCCCUUAGUGCCACCCCUGUAAUUUCAGUGCAUUACUUGGUAAUUAUAUAAUAUUAUAGAAACAAUACUGAAAUACUUAACUUUCUCUUGUUUGGGAAUAAGAUUGUUAAUAAUGAAACAUUGUUAUAAAAGCAUCAAUAUGAUCAUUUCCCCUAAUGUUUUCACAAUUGUUAUAGCAACUUCAAAGUCGUUAUAACACAUAUUGAUAUUUUACUGCCAUGACGAUACCAUUGAGGAGUGGGCAGCAUUUUGGUACAACAAUCUUAGCAAAUGGCAAAUGAUAAUCUAAUGGUUAAAUUGAUGAUUGCUCUCUGCAUGUUUAUUAUUGGAUAUUGUUAACUAAUGGCAAUCAAUUGUGAUCUUUGGUAUAAAUGGUCUUUACCAUAAAUCCUACCACCGAAUGUUGAGUAAAUGCACAUCAGUACUUGAAUUAUUGAUAAUAACAUUAAUAACAAUAAUAACAAUUAUAUUGUUAUUUAAUAUUGUGACUUUACCUCUCACCUUUGCCUUACAAAUUCACUUAUUCAGUGGGAAUUAUGGAAAUCAUAUACAUUCCAGUUUCAUCUUAACAAAAUAACCCUAAUAUCAAAGAAAAAAAGAAAAUAUAGUACAAGGUAAAGAAUAUUGUAUUUAUUGAGAGAUUUAACCGUCACACAAUUAUUGUCUUCAAUUAAAUAUAACAAACCUCUAGUACUGAUAGAUGUUUUCAAUUAGUAUUUACCAUUAACUAAUUAACUAUUAGGUAUUGACAUAAUUUGCCAUUUGUUAACUAUAAGUAUAACUUAUAAAGUAGUAUAAACUUUUAUUUGACUAACAUUGGGUUGCAGCCUCUUUAAAAAAAAGUGAUAUAUAUUUUUUGUGGUCUUAUGUUUAGUCUCAAUAGUAUUAGACACUGGCCUUUUGACCAAUGUGUAUUGUUUUGUACAGAUCCCCUGGUGACCAAUAUGUUAUUGUGGUUAUUGGACUAAGUCCAUCUUUAUUGCAUAAAUAAAGAUAUUUCACAGUUGAAUAAUUUA